AUGGCGCUCGUCGAGGUCCCCCAGGAGACUUCCUACCCUCCGCUGGAGGAGAAGAAACCUUUCACCGAACCAGCUUCGGUUCUUGUUACCCCAUGCGACCCGUGGCCUCGGCCGUACUAUCUCGAGAAUGGCCUACGGCGGGUCGCCCCAUACCACUACACCUACAAUACAUACUGCAAGGAGAGAUGGAGAGGACGGGAAUUACUUGAUAUCUUCUCCAGCGAGUUCCGAGACAGACCUCUGGAGUACUAUAAAGAUGCCAUAGAACGUGGAUCUGUUGUCGUUAAUGGCAAGCCGGUGCCCAGUACCUCACAUGUUGUCAAGAAUGGCGAUGUGAUAUCGCAUACACUACAUCGACACGAGCCCCCUGUAACCUCUCUCCCGAUAUCUGUUCUACAUGAAGACGAUGAUAUGAUUGUUAUCAACAAGCCAUCUGGGGUUCCAGUCCAUCCUGCGGGUCGUUAUAAUUUCAAUUCUGUGGUGGAAAUCAUGCGAGCAGAACGAGGGCAUGGUUUCAAUCCAUUGCCUUGCAAUAGACUGGAUAGAUUGACGAGUGGGGUCAUGUUCAUUGGCAAGAACGCAAAGGCUGCAGAGAAGCUGAGCAUGCAAAUUACAGCCAGGACAGUUCGGAAAGAAUACAUUGCCCGCGUAAAAGGCGAAUUUCCAGAUGGUGAGGUCGUUUGCGACAUGCCUAUUCUACAGAUAUCGCCAAAACUUGGCCUGAACCGGGUUCGAGCAAAUGGGAAAGCUGCUCGAACUGUCUUUAAAAAGCUUGCAUACUACCCGCCGGGAUCGAAGGAACAAAAUCUAUCAGAAGAAACAAAUGCAGACAGGUCAAAGAAGGAAGGAUACACAAUUGUCAGAUGUCUUCCAGUAACAGGAAGAACUCACCAACUGCGAGUCCAUUUACAGUUCCUUGGCCACCCAAUCGCAAAUGAUCCGAUAUAUUGCAAUCAACGUGUCUGGGGGACCAGGUUGGGGUUCAACGAUGCAGAUGCUUCGCAAGAUACCGACGAGGACAUUAUUACUAGACUCUCACGGAUGGGCAAGUCCGAGGUUGCAGAUGCGGUAGCCUACCACGAUGAGAUGGUUGACGAGUACAACAAGAAGAAAGCAGAGAAAAUGUCGGGUGAGCUCUGCGAAGUUUGUCAAACCCCACUUUACACGGAUCCGGGUGAGCAGGAACUUACUUUGUGGCUGCAUAGCCUUCGAUAUGAAGACGCUGGAGGUUCCUGGAGUUAUGUCAGCCCUCUGCCAGCUUGGGCUUUGCCACCGGACGGGCGGGAGGGACCGACUCAAGUUGGAACGAUGGACGAACUGGUCGCAGCGGUGAAAGACGAAAAUCCUGAGAUCGCAUAG